UAGAGAAGUUAACGUUUGAUAAGUUUUGUUCGUCUAUUGAUACCAAACAUAAGAUAUUCACGAAUUUGGAUCAAUUGACCCGAAAAUUGGACUACAAAUUGGAUUAUUUUGUCGUAUUUUCAUCGGUAUCGUGUGGUAAAGGAAGUACCGGUCAGACUAACUACGGGUUUGGAAACUCUAUGUGUGAACGCAUUUGCGAAGUGAGGCGCAGGGAUGGACUGCACGGACUGGCCAUACAGUGGGGACCCAUCGGUGAUGUGGGAGCCCUCGAACAUUCCGAUCAGUUUCUAUCGCUCACAUCAUAUAAGAAACAGCGAAUCAACUCGUGUUUCGAGGUUUUGGACAAAUUAUUGUCAGUUAGACAACCGAUCGUCACAUCUAUUAUUAAAGCUGACAAACAACAGGAAUCGGGCGAUAAGGAAAAGCGACUGAUCACAGAGUUAUGGCGGGCACUGGGCAUCGACCCCGACUCCACCCCCGAUCACCUAACCCUGGGUGAGAUUGGGUUGGAGUCAAUGUUUGCCAUAGAGUUUCAACAGGGAAUGGAAAAAGAGUGGAAUAUGAAGUUUACUCUCAAUCACAUCAAGAGUAUUACGAUCGGUAUGUUAAAAGAGUACCAGGAUGGUGACUUGAGUAAGGUACAAAAGCACAUGGAGGAGAUUAAAAAGGGCAGGGCUAUGCUGCUGAAACAGAAGUACAUUAUACCUACCGAUCCUAUUGUAGCGCUUAAUAGUGUGACGAAAGGAAGGCCGGUAUAUCUGAUGCCAACCCUAUCGUUGAAUUUUAUAAUGUUUGAAGAGUUGGCACAAAAGUUGAACCGACCGGUGAUUGGCCUAAACUGGACCCGAGAAGUGUGCCAACUGUCCACUCUUAAAGAGGUUGGCAAUCAUUAUUUCAAUCUACUGAAACACAUUGAGCCAAAAGGGAAGUACGAUGUGGUGGGCUAUUUGGACACUGCCCUCAUUUGCGGUAAAUUAUUGGUGAAGGGAAUGGCAGAUAAGGUGGUUAUCGUUGAUCUGAUAAACGAUAUACACUAUUGCGAUGAGCAGUUAACGGAUGACAUGGUGAUGGAGUUUAUUAUGACUAUAAUGUCCGGAAAUAUUCCCAAAACAUUUAAUGACAAAAUAUUACGCGAAAUGAAAAAGGAAAUGAAUGUUAAGGCUAAGGUUAAGGUAUUGGUGAACGAAAUCGCGGACUUCGCCGGCAAAGGACUGGUGGCCACAGAUAUGGAGGAAAUGUUUCACAUAAUGAUAGCCCGGAUUCGUAUGCUAUCGGAGUAUAGACUCAAUAAACGCAAGAAGUUUUCAAAUCGACUGAAACUCACGAUCGCAAAGAAAUGGGCGAAAAGGACGGGGAAAUUGGUUUUGAUUAAACCGGUUAACAUUGAGACUAUUGAUGACCUGGAUGGCGUUAUGGAGAAAUCACGUGAUGUAUACUUUUUGCCUGGAUCAAAGGUAAUUACUAUUUUCUUAGAGAAUUUUGUAAAA